AUGAUUGAAUCUCCGUACUUACCUCUAACAUUGAAUACUAAUAAAGUUGAAUUACCAGAAAUUGAUCCAAAUUUUGAACGCUUUUUAAAUAUAGUUAUUAAAGAAAUCAAAUUGAAUCAACGACAUUAUGGAAUAUUGGAGAAAAUUACUGAUUUAAGUAAAACGAAUUCAAAAGUGGAAGGAAGUAACAUCGAACAACAAAAAAAUAAAAUAAAACAACUCAAGGAAAAAAUGACAUUGCUAGAAGAUUUUGAAAAGUUGACUGAUUUAGAAUUCACCGAAAGUUUGUCCAACGAAGAAUAUUUAAUAAAAUACGUCACUCCUGCUUUGACAAAGUUGAUAGUUCAAGUUGCAAAAGUGAGACCAAAUAAUCCUGUUGAUUUUUUGGCAUAUAUGGCUCUUAAAGAAAACUCGGAAGGAUUACCCAGCUUUCCAGGUUACUCAAAGAAAGGUGUGAAAAUAAAAAAGAUAUUGGAACAUAUGUUCUCUUUGUAUAAUUACGAYGAAAGUGAUACACUUCAAUCAAAAUCUUUAAUAGACGUUUUGACAGCACAUUAUACGGAUGAUGAAGAUCCUCAAAACAAUGAAGAAGAAUUA